GACGCUGGUCAGGCUCCGCGGCGCAGCUCGAAAUGAAUAAUCGCCCCCAAUUGACUUAAAUUCCACUGAAGCCGUCGCUGCGGCCGCCCGCCGCUGGAGAUCUGGUCGCCGUAUUUUUCGCUUUCUCCAUUCUUCUUUAAAAAAAAAAAAACCAGCCAACCAGCCAACCAAGAAUCCGGUUUGUUAAUCGCCUUCUUUUUUUUUUUUUCACCGUUUGUGGGAUUUGCAAACCGAGUUUCAUGCAUGUCAAGUGGGGGUAGGUUUAAUUUUGACGAUGGAGGGUCCUACUGCGGAGGCUGGGAGGACGGCAAGGCGCACGGCCAUGGUAUCUGCACCGGCCCCAAGGGCCAAGGCGAAUACACCGGCUCCUGGAGCCACGGCUUCGAGGUGCUGGGCGUCUACACCUGGCCCAGCGGCAACACGUACCAGGGCACCUGGGCGCAGGGCAAGCGUCACGGCAUCGGCCUGGAGAGCAAGGGGAAGUGGGUGUACAAGGGCGAGUGGACGCACGGAUUUAAGGGGCGCUACGGGGUGCGGGAGUGCACGGGCAACGGGGCCAAGUACGAAGGGACCUGGAGCAACGGGCUGCAGGACGGCUACGGGACCGAGACGUACUCGGAUGGAGGCACGUACCAGGGCCAGUGGGCCGGCGGCAUGCGCCAGGGUUACGGAGUGCGGCAGAGCGUUCCGUACGGCAUGGCGGCGGUCAUCCGCUCGCCCCUGAGGACAUCCAUCAACUCUCUGCGCAGCGAGCACACCAACGGCACGGUGCUGCUCCCAGAUGCCUCCCCGGCCGUGGCCGGCAGCCCCGCCGUGUCCCGCGGCGGCUUCGUCCUGGUGGCCCACAGUGACGCCGAGAUUCUCAAGAGCAAGAAGAAGGGGCUGUUCCGGCGCUCGCUGCUGAGUGGCCUGAAGCUGCGCAAGUCCGAGUCCAAGAGCAGCCUGGCCAGCCAGCGCAGCAAGCAGAGCUCCUUCCGCAGCGAGGCUGGCAUGAGCACCGUCAGCUCCACGGCCAGCGACAUCCACUCCACCAUCAGCCUGGGCGAGGGCGAGGCCGAGCUGUCCGCCGUGGAAGAUGACAUCGACGCCACCACCACCGAGACCUAUGUGGGCGAGUGGAAGAACGACAAGCGCUCCGGCUUCGGCGUGAGCCAGCGCUCGGACGGGCUCAAGUACGAGGGGGAGUGGGCCAGCAACAAGCGCCACGGCUACGGCUGCAUGACCUUCCCCGACGGCACCAAGGAGGAGGGCAAGUACAAGCAGAACAUCCUCGUCAGCGGCAAGCGCAAGAACCUCAUCCCGCUGCGGGCCAGCAAGAUCCGCGAGAAGGUGGACCGGGCCGUGGAGGCGGCCGAGCGGGCCGCCACGAUCGCCAAGCAGAAGGCAGAGAUUGCAGCUUCCAGGACCUCCCAUUCCAGGGCCAAGGCUGAGGCGGCUCUCACAGCGGCUCAGAAGGCCCAGGAGGAAGCACGGAUUGCCAGGAUCACUGCCAAAGAGUUCUCCCCUUCCUUCCAGCAUAGGGAAAAUGGGCUCGAAUGCCAGCGACCAAAACACCGGAACUCGAGUGACGACCUAGAGGUGGCCUCUGUAGGGACACCCCUGCCACAGGAGAGCCCCGAGCUAUACCGGAAAGGCACAACACCCUCUGACCUGACACCGGAUGACAGCCCCCUGCAGAGCUUCCCUGCCAGCCCCUCAGCCAGCCCGCCGCCAGCCCCUGCUGCCCGGAACAAGGUGGCCCACUUCUCCCGGCAGGUGUCAGUAGACGAGGAGCGGGCUGGGGACAUCCAGAUGCUCCUGGAGGGACGGGGAGGGGACUGCGCCCGCAACAGCUGGGCCGAAGAGAAGGCCAGGGGACUGCGGGGCAUUCGGGGCGGCGCCCUCCGGAGUGGCCAGCCAGCUGACGACCACCACGCCCGGGGCCCUGGCCACAGGCAGCCCGGCAACCCCCGGCCACGGGAACGGCGGACGGAGUCGCCCCCCGCGUUUACGUGGACUUCCCACCCACGGGCCGGCAACCCCAGCUCGGGGGGCGUCGCGCUGCUGGCACUGGACGAAGAGAGGUUGAGCAAUUAUGAGAUGGAGAUGAAGCCGCUGCUGCGCAUGGACUCGGCCGCACAGGAGAUGCACCCCCAGAAGAGACGCUAUGGCAAGGGGGGCGUGGGCCGGGGCCCAGUUGAGGAUCGGGGCUUCGGGGUGCAGAGACUGCGGUCCAAGUCCCAGAACAAGGAGAACUUCCGGCCAGUGCCUGCCAGUGCUGAGCCUGCAGUGCAGAAACUGGAGACCCUGCGGCUGGGGGACAAGGCAGAGCCCCGGCUGCUACGCUGGGACCUGACAUUCUCCCCACCCCAGAAGUCUUUGCCUGUCGCCUUGGAGUCCGAUGAGGAGAACGGGGAUGAGCUCAAGUCCAGUGCGGGCUCGGCGCCUAUUCUGGUAGUCAUGGUGAUCUUGCUAAACAUCGGAGUCGCCAUUUUGUUUAUUAACUUUUUCAUCUGAUGAGAUUGUCGAGUUAGCAAAAAAAAUAACAGUUCGUGUACAAAAGGGGAAAAAAAGCAAAACGACGGGAAGGGACAGAGAGUUAACUCAGACAGUCCAACAACUACUUCCAAGUCUUUUCACAGAAGAACAACAUGAUUGGGUAUUACUCACAGUUUGCCUUUUUUUCUGGGUAAUGUUUUUUGGAUUUUAGCCAAAAAUUCUUCGCUUGUAUAACACUAUGCUGUGUGGCAUGGCAGACGGGGGCCACCACGCCGACCCUCCCAGCUUGAUGUGGAGCGAGAAGGGAUCCCGGCAAGUCUACGGCAAAAAAUAAAACCACUGUCGUCGCCAUCGCCAUCGUCACAAUGUCAAGGAAGCCAAGUUUCCGGACCAGGAUACGGAAAAGCCGUCCCUCAGAAAAGCUGCGUCCCUCGCUGCCGGGCGAGGAGGGGUGGUUGCUGCUGAGCACGUGUGGGAGUUGGUUCACUUGGCCUCGAUGGGGGGAGGGCAUGGGGAAUAGGCAUCCUCUCCCGGCUGCUCCCAGGUAGGCCUCUGGGACUGUGAAUCUGCACCGCAUAUGCAUGGAGGAGAGAGAGGAGGGCUGCCCCUGGUCUCCACUGCACAGGCCACCCCCGUCCUCUCCUCAGCACUGCCUAUGGCUUCCUGGAGAAGCCAGACCCCACGCUGCGUCCAAUGAGGCAGUGUCCUCAUUCUUCCCGGUGUCUGUCAUGACUCCUGUAUGCCUGUCCCUCGUCUCCCCCGUCACUAGGGAAGCUGUGGCACAGCAUCCAGGGGCCAAAUGCAAGUCCACCCUGGCAGGUCUGAGAGGUAAACCGAGGCUGGGGCUUGGGGGGAGGCUUACUUUGCAGGACAGCCCCUGACUCCAUGCUUGGGCUGAGCAUGUGGCCUGUUUGCACGUUGUAUGCAGGAUGCACACUCAGGCUUCCACCAUGUCCCCUGUAAGAUGUCACUGGCGGUGACAGCCCCUAGAGGACACCCUCUUCUCCACAGGUGUCACAGCCCCACAGGUGUUGCCGUCUCUGUACUGUCCCUGCCCUGACCGCCCACCGACAGAUAUGCACACUCCUUCCAGAGGCCUCACUUUUCCUCCAAAGCUGGUCUGGGCCGGGGACAGGGAGGUGGUUCCAACUCAGUGGCUUGAAAAUUCCCGAGCAAUUGUUGCAUAUGCCCCGCAUCCCCCCCCCGCUGCCCAAAUUGUAUAAUGAAACCUGUUCCAGGCAAACAAAAAUAGGUCCCUCCUGUUUCCGCCUUCCCCACCUUGCCCGAGUGGUUGAAUGCCCUGAGGUCCGAGCCAUGGAGACAGGCCUGGCCGGUGUGUGGGUAGACACCCCCUCUGCCAGUCACCCACAUGCACACUGGGGAAGGUCCCCACCGUGACUUCUCACUGUCUCGGGAUUAGCCCGUCUGGGGAUGCUGCCUUGCUUUGCUUAUGUUUAGCUCUUUCUCUGCUACCUUUCGAGCAGAUUUCUUUACUACACUGCACUGGAUUGCUAUAUUUUUAACCAGAAAUAAACUAAAGAUUAGAGCAUGUUCCACUUACAUCCAGUUUUCUUUUUUUUUUUCUUUUUCUUUUCCGUUAUACAUUCACUCCCCGUUCCUUCUCACAGUUUGGUUUAGUUUGGGGGUCUUUUUUGAGGGGAGUAGGGGACACGAGAGGGAGGGAAGACCAAUAGGGAAAUACAAACACAUUUCUGAUACUGUUGCUUUCUAAAGGAAUAUGACAUCUUUUUGUACAUCUUACUUUUCCGUUCCUCUUUUUUGAUACCGAGUGGUUGCUGCAGACCCGAAGUGAACCAAAUAAAGAUUCCUGUUCCUUGCAGCUCUGAGAAUCAUCCAUGCUGGGAUAUGUGUUUUGUAAUUCUGUUUGCAACUCUUUGUAAAGAUUAUAGAGACUUUUUUUGUACAUUCCAGUAACUGCAUGACACAGAACGGUACCUACAAACGCAGGUUACAUAUUCACAUGCAAACACCAUGAAAUAUUUAGAUAUGUAUAAAAGCGACAGCACAAAACUGCGUAUCGUUAAAUAAAAGCACGAAUGGUUUCAUGACCAGGUGGCUCACGCUGCUGACUGACUAGCCCCCUCACCCACCCACUGCCUGGUCUGGCUGCCGGGGAGUACGAUCGUGAGAGCCAGAUUGAGAGCCCCACUUUCACCCCAUGUGCGGGGAAUGCGGAGCAGGUUCCUUUGAGACUGAAAUGGCCUGGGUCUGAAAGACUUGAGAGGCUCAUUUUUAAUUGGUUUCCAAGUAAUGUGAUUAAAGCCCAGGUGGACCAGAUGAGUCCCCGCAGGCUGAUCCCUUUGCUUGGCUUCACCUGGCUCCUUCUACCAGUCAGGGCCUCCCUCCCCCUGGCCAGAGUGUCUGGCUCCUUAUUCCCAGGCACGUGGUUAGCCAGCCAGUAGCACUCCUGGGGGACACGGGUGUGCUGAGCUAGAUACAGGCAGAUGGGACUACCAGGUGCAACAGAAGGGCUGGCACAGCAGCUCCCUGGGUGCAGAACCUUCCAGAAGUUUUAAUGAAUGCCCAAAGCAGUCUUGUGAGAACCAUUUAUUCCAUGCUCUGAAUGUGAGAAACUGAGGCACACAGCGAAUGAGCUGGGGUGUCGGGGGACAAGAGUCGGCCCUCCCGGCUCGCCUCUCCAUCACCCUUCUGGAAGGCCAGGGAGCCUGCCCUUGCACCCAGUCCUCCAAGAGCUGGAAGUGACCCUGUGCCCUCUGGGGCCAUCGGCUUGCCUGUGGCCAUGUUUCCCUGCCUC